AUGCUGUCGGAGGACCUAGAGAUUGCUGCGCGCCUUCGCAACUGUCUUGAAGAUUUGAUUGUAGAGAGCGGUGGCCAUGUUACAAACAAUGUUCGACAGACCAACCUUUACAUUUGUCGCUAUCGUGAAGGGGAGGAGUACAGAGUGGCAUCAAGACUUGGCAAAGACGUGGGAAAUUUAUCUUGGCUCUUUCAUCUCAUAACACAUAAUUCGUGGAUCUCCCCGUUACGACGGCUCCUCCACUAUCCACUCUCUAGGCAUGGAAUCCCAGGAUUUGAUAGCUUCAAGAUCAGUCUGUCCAAUUACGCUGGGGAGGCGCGGAUAUAUCUGGAAAAUUUAAUCGCUGCUACUGGUGCUGAGUGCACGAAAACACUAAAACAGGACAAUACCCACUUGAUCACGGCCCACGGCACAAGUGAAAAAUGCACCGCAGCAAAGGAGUGGAAUAUUCACGUUAUCAAUCACCUCUGGCUCGAAGAGAGCUACGCUAAGUGGCAGCUCCAAACAGUUACAGACCCCCGCUACACACAUUUCCCGCAUCGGACCAACCUAGGAGAAAUCGUUGGCCAAACUAAAAUUGAUCGGUUUGCUAUUGAAGAACAUUUCUUCCCCGAAGAUAUUGCGGUUCCGCAUUGGAAAGCCCCAUCCGCAGUCAUGCACCCGAAGGACAACAAUCUUUCAAGCAGUCGUGAUUCAGAAGUCUCAGAACCUAUCAAGGAAAAUACAAUCCAUCCGGCUCGUACGAAAGGAACUCCCAGAGCAUCCAAACGCAACCAAUCUUUAACCGGGGUUCGGGGCGCCCAUCUUCAGACCCCACAGGUUUUGAAAUUCAUUGCAGAGGGCAAGGAGAACGCUACCCCUUCAACGACGGGAAGUCGAAAAUCCAAAGAUGUAGCCGCUGCACGAUUACAAGAAAUUGCUCCAGAUAUCGCUCUAUACGAGAAGGAAAAAAAACGUGCUGGUGGGGUUAUUUAUGGUGGUCGCAGGAGGAGCGAUCCUAAUGAGAAAGUUAUUUUUCGCAAGAGAUCCAUAGAUCCGCAAGACGAAACAGACGCUGAAGAUACAAAUGGUGUCCAAAAGCGAAGCGGGACCGGUUCCUAUUGUUAUGCAUCUUUGCUCACUGGCUAUCGAAAAUGGGUGGGGGAUCUAAAAUCGGGAGGAAGUAUCCAUAUUGUUCAAGACGCGAGUAAAUGCACACAUCUAGCCGCCCCUUCCGUCUUGCGAACGCAUAAAUUUGUCAAUGCCAUUGCCUACGCACCCGUUAUCCUCAAUGCAAAUUUCGUAGCCGCGUGCCUCGAGCAGAACCAAUUAUUGAACCCGAACGAAUUCCUUCUACGGGACCCUAAGUCUGAGAAGAAAUAUAACUUCUCACUAGAGAAAGCUAGGCUUAAAGCGCUUGAAAACAAGAACCAACUGUUCAAUGGCAGGAUAAUAUACUGCGUUGAAACCAUUCCUGGUGGCUUUGACGCAUUCAAAUCCAUCAUCGAAACCAAUGGUGGCCAAUGUUUUCUGUUCCGUGGUCGAUCUGGUAUCACUUUGCCAAAUCGACGUCGCAGUGGUGAAAACAAGGAAAACGACGGGGCGCCAAGUUUUGAUGAAAUAUAUCUAAUCAGCGGCACUGAAAAAAACCACGUGAGAUUGUGGCCCAAGUUCAGGAACAUGGUGUUGAAUGCGAAGAAGAUUCCCAAGAUUGUUCGUCCGGAUUGGUUAUUGAAUAUUGCCAUGGCGCAGGAAUGGCGGACGGACGAUUCUCUAGAACUGGUUGAAGAUGUUCAGAUGACCGACACUUAG